UCGUGCGUGCGUGGAUUAUGGCGACGUCCCUGGGCUCAAACACCUACAACAGACAGAACUGGGAAGAUUCGGACUUCCCUAUUCUCUGUCAAACAUGUCUUGGGGAAAAUCCAUACAUUCGCAUGACUAAGGAAAAGUAUGGCAAGGAAUGCAAGAUAUGUGCACGUCCCUUCACUGUUUUCCGCUGGUGUCCUGGAGUACGGAUGCGCUUUAAGAAGACUGAGGUGUGUCAGACCUGCAGUAAGAUGAAGAACGUCUGUCAGACAUGUUUGCUGGACCUGGAGUACGGUCUUCCAAUCCAGGUCAGAGACACGGGCAUGUCCAUCAAAGAUGAUUUGCUGAGGUCUGACGUGAACAAGGAAUAUUACACUCAGAACAUGGAGAGAAAGAUCCAAAACUCAGACAGUACCAGACCGGUAGGGAUGCUGGGUAAAGCACAGAACCCCAGUGACAUGCUGCUGAAGCUGGCGCGAACCACGCCAUACUACAAACGCAACAGACCCCAUAUCUGCUCCUUCUGGGUGAAGGGAGAGUGUAAGAGAGGAGAGGAGUGUCCCUACAGGCAUGAGAAACCCACAGACCCUGAUGAUCCUCUGGCCGAUCAGAACAUUAAAGAUCGUUAUUAUGGCAUCAACGACCCGGUGGCAGAUAAACUUCUGAAGAGAUCAUCCAGCAUGCCUCGACUGGACCCGCCCGAGGACAAGUCCAUCACCACAUUAUACAUUGGGGGACUGGGAGAAAACCUCACUGACUCUGAGCUCAGAAAUCAUUUCUACCAGUACGGUGAGAUCCGUACAAUCACGUUGGUUCAGCGGCAGCAGUGUGCGUUCAUUCAGUUCGCCACGCGACAGGGAGCAGAGCUCGCAGCAGAGAAGACCUUCAAUAAGCUCAUCAUUAACGGCCGCAGGCUGGCGGUGAAGUGGGGCCGAUCACAGGCCGCUAAAGGGACGGAUGUCAAGGACGGGUUCGAUGAGAUGGGCACCGGACUAGAACCAGUACCUGGUCUCCCUACAACUCUACCGCCACCCCCUGCUCUGGAGGAGGAAGCACCUGCUAACUACUUUAACCUGGACCCCAGCAGCUCUCCUGCGCUCAUGAACAUCAGUCUGCCACCUCCACCCGGACUCUCAAACCCACUGCCACCAGGUUUUGGAGCUCCCAUGUUCCACCCCAUGGGCCCUCCUCCACCUCCUCCAAUGGCUUUGAGACCUCCAGGCCACAUCCAUUAUCCUUCCCAGGAUCCUCAGCGCAUGGGUGCGCAUGCUGCCAUCCGCCACAGCGAAUGAUUGACUCGUCAUGUGAACUAGAGAUUCUCUCACUGCUGUGGGUUAUUGAUCUAUGAAGGUGAAGUCAUCAGAGGGU